GCGGUCCUGAAACGGCAGUCUCCGGUUCUGCAGCUAUGUGAGGGGUGUGCUGUGUUCGAGCUCACUGAUUUUAUAUAAGCCGCACAGGCUAACAGUUAGUUAGCACUUAUUUAAUGAUGAUUAAACGCGUGCGUUUUGAUUUAACACUGAGAGGACGGGGUGAGAGGAUACAGAAUGAAAUGAACGUACCGUGUGUUCCGCCAGCGUGUCGAGUUCAUUUCUAUGAGGGUCAGGCUAGCUAAGCUAAAGCUAGCUAACGGUGACCAGCCCCCACCCCACAGAGAGCGGGGGGCUCCGGUUCACACGGACGGUCGAGUUUAUUUAUCUAUCGCACAGUUUUAUUAAUAUAGUUAUUUAUUUAUUCACCGAAACCCGGUAUGAGUGAGUCUGAGGCGACGGCUCCCGCUGCGGGCGGUACCGAAGCUCCGGGCUCUCUCGCGGGGGAGAAGAGCGGCUCGCUGAGCGCCGUCGACACGCUGUACUCCUACGACGCGGAUGAUCCGGGAGAGGAGAGCGACGCCUUGGACGCGCCGGAGCCGCGAGAGAGCGGAGCGAGCCCCGCAGAGACCAUGGAGGACGAGGCGCUGGGCGGAGAGAACGCGCCCAAGAAGUGCGUGUAUGUAGGCUGCACGGAGACCACCAAGCAGGUGGCCAAGCAGAGGAAACCGUGGAUGUGCAAAAAACACCGCAACAAAAUGUACAAAGACAAGUACAAGAAGAAGAAGAGCGACCAGGCCAUGUCCUCCGGAAAAAUAGAGGAGGGCUCAGAAGAGAGGCCAGUUUCUGUAACUAAACAGCGGCUGGGGACGAUGGGUGAACGUCCUGCGAGGCCUUCCCUCAUCGAGCAAGUGCUAAACCAAAAGAGGCUGUCUCUGUUACGGAGUCCAGAGGUCAUCAGCUUCCUGCAGCAGCAGCAGCGCCUGCUGACGACUCAGACUCGAGCUCAGAACCAGCAGGACUACUGACUGCUGUUUUAAUGUGACCAGUCCUGUUGAUAAUACAGGAGGUUUUACAGAACUACACAGCAGCAUGCAUUUUAUACAGAGCUUUUGGUUAAAGAAAAUGUGAAGAUUAUGGACUCUUGACUGAUGUGAGACUCUCUGAGGUGGGAAUGAACUGAAGAACCCAAGGCAUUAUAUAUUAUUAUGACCUGCAUCAUUUAUCAUGACAAUCAUCAGAAGUUGAUCUACUGUAUCUAAGAACACUCUUUAAACCAGGAGUUUGUCAUUUUAGGAGCAUUAUUAAGAACUGAAGCUUGUAUGUACUUGUAUGUGAUUCUAUUUGUAUAUUUCUUUAAAAAACUAUUAUGUAAAUAAUUUGAAGGCAGAUACACUGUAAUAUUAGCAGUGAUGCAAUUGCCCUCUUUUAGUUUUACAGACAGGAAAGUUAGGAAAGUCUAGUUACGGACUUUACAGUAUUCAAUUACAAAAUCCCACCUCACAAUUUAUACAGCUGUGGAUGUUCCCAAGCUAUCCCCUGAGAUAACUCUUCAUUACUUUCAGUUUACAUGAUGCUGUCCACUGUCUUGACAUGUGAGUGUAAUGUAAGUUAUUUUUAUAAAACCAUUAAUAGCAUAAUGGUUGCACUUUCAUUUUUUAAAAUGAGCUAUUUACCCUGUGCCAUACAAAAGCAUGAUGGGUACUACUAUGGUGGUCCUUGAGCGACAUUUUAAUAUAUACAAUCUUAUGCAUGAAUGAUUUGAUAAAAUCUUUAAGGAAGGCCCUGCUGCAAAGUUUUUAUUAAAUAUAAUUAUUGAUAUGAUUUUGAAUGUGUUGCAUAUUUUAUGCGCAUAUAUUACUAUGUUGCAUACUUAUAGUGUUUUUUUUUUUACAUUCGUGCAUUAGUUCUCAAGACGACACAUGAUUUACAGGGAAAUUCUGUAUUUGACAAAAUGACAAAUAACAAACACAAAAAACAUACAAGCUUACAUUGAUACUACUGAUGCUCCACCUUUCUAUUUUCUUUCCUUGACUUUCUAUUUGUUUUUCUGAAAUGUACAGAAUUGCUAAGUGGAAGGAGUGUGAAAUGGUGAUUUUUGAUUAAAAAAAGAAAAAAAGGAAAUGAAAA